AUGGCUUCUUUGAGCUUCUUAGCUGUGUUUCUCGUCCACAUUUGCUUAUUUGCGAGCUUUUCUUCCGCUGAGGAUCCAAAUAUUUACCACGAGUUUGAGGUCUCUUACAUCACUGCUUCUCCUCUGGGUGUCCCUCAACAGGUUAUUGCCAUCAAUGGAAAUUUUCCAGGUCCUACUAUCAAUGUAACUACUAACAACAAUGUCAUUGUCAAUGUUCGGAACAAAUUGGACGAGAAUCUCCUCAUUACUUGGGCUGGAAUCCAGCAACGCCGUAGUUCAUGGCAAGAUGGGGUUCCUGGAACCAAUUGUCCAAUUCCGCCAAAGUGGAAUUGGACUUACAAUUUUCAGGUUAAGGAUCAGAUUGGGAGCUUCUUUUACUUUCCUUCUCUUAAUCUUCAGAGAGCAUCUGGAGGAUUUGGUGGCUUUAUUAUAAAUAACCGGGCUAUAAUUCCCAUUCCUUUUGCAACCCCAGAUGGGGAUAUAACCAUUUUGAUUGGUGACUGGUACACAAGAAACCAUACGGCUUUGAGAAAGGCCCUUGAUGCCGGGAAAGACCUUGGGAUACCAAAUGGUGUUCUUAUCAAUGGGAAAGGUCCUUACCAAUACAACAAUACACUUGUUCCAGAUGGCAUCGAUUAUGCAACAUUUGAAGUAAAACCAGGUAAAACCUACCGUCUUCGUGUCCACAAUGUUGGGGUGUCAACUACUCUAAAUUUCAGGAUCCAGAACCAUAAUCUUCUUCUAGCAGAGUCAGAGGGAUCAUAUACAGUGCAACAGAAUUAUACAAGCUUAGAUAUACACGUUGGGCAAUCUUUUUCUUUUCUGGUAACCAUGGAUCAGAAUGCAAGUUCUGAUUAUUAUGUUGUGGCAAGUGCUAGAUUUGUGAAUGAGACACACUGGAAAAAAGUUACUGGAGUUGCAAUCCUGCACUAUACUAAUUCUAAAGGAAAAGCAGCUGGGCCCCUUCCAGAGGCACCAAAUGAUGAAUUUGACAAAACCUACUCAAUGAACCAGGCAAGAUCAAUCAGAUGGAAUGUAUCAGCUAGUGGUGCACGCCCUAAUCCACAGGGAUCUUUUAGAUACGGCUCAAUCAAUGUAACUGAUGUUUAUGUGUUGAAAAACAAGCCACCUGUAGUGAUCAAUGGGAGACGCCGGACAACGCUCAGCGGAAUCUCAUUUGUAAAUCCUUCUACACCAAUCAGGCUUGCUGACUGGAAAAAAUUGAAGGGUGUUUAUAAGCUUGACUUCCCAACCAGGCCACUUACGGGAGCACCCAGACUGGAAACAUCUGUGAUUAAUGGAACAUUUAGAGGAUUUAUAGAAAUCAUACUACAGAACAAUGACACCAAGAUGCAAAGCUACCACGUAGAUGGAUAUGCAUUUUUUGUUGUCGGGAUGGACUAUGGUGACUGGACAGAGAAUAGCAGGGGCACAUAUAAUAAAUGGGAUGGGAUAGCCCGUUCCACAGUACAGGUUUAUCCUGGGGCAUGGACAGCAAUCUUGAUAUCUCUGGACAAUGUUGGAGUCUGGAACAUUAGAGCUGAAAACCUCGACUCAUGGUAUCUUGGCCAAGAAACUUAUAUCAGAGUUGUCAAUCCAGAAGCGACUAACAAAACUGAGUUGCCUGCACCAGACAAUGCCCUAUUUUGUGGUGCCCUCAGUAAAUUGCAGAAGCCGGAAGAUAUCUCUUUGGCAACAUCAAUCACUAUCAAUGAAUCAAAGUUGUUCUUCACGCUGCUGAUGAUCAUCUGCACUUUGAUCCCCAUUUUCUACUAG